AUGGGUUAUCUCCUGCUCAGCGGAGGCAUAGUCCUGCUCCAUGGGGAGAACGACAAGGUCACCGCUCGAAAAGCAGACAUUUUGAUCCAAGGCGAUCGCAUCUCCAAAAUCGAACCAGAAAUCGAGCCUCCAAGUGACGCCGACAUUAUCGACUGCACUGACAAGCUCAUAUCGCCUGGCUUCAUCGACACGCAUCACCAUGUGUGGCAGGCCCCUCUAAAAGGACUCUUUGCCGAUUGCACUUUUUCGCAAUACUUAGGAAUCAGAACUGUGGCCAGCAAGUAUUUUACGGCUGAACAUGGCUUCUGGGGAAACCUAGCUGGGUGUAUGGAGGCCAUUGAUGCGGGCACGACGACGGUGCUUGACCAUGCACACCUCAACUGGAGCCGAGAGCACAGCAAGCAUGCCAUAGCUGGGACCAUCUCCUCGGGAAUCCGAUCCAUCUUCGCGUACACCCCAACAGUCCGUCUUGACCAGCAUGAGCCACAACUCAAGUUCGAUGAUAAGCCAGUGGCAGAUUGGGCCAUGGACACAUUCGAAGAGCUGUCAAAGUCUAGCCCUCUAAACGAGAAGACCUCUCGAGUCAAGCUAGGUUUCGGCUUCGAUUACUACUUCCUCCCGAAAGACACAGUUACAGGGCUGUUCAAAAAAGCCCGUUCACUUGGGGCAAGCGUCAUCACAUCUCACUGCAACAUUUUCAAGGGUGACAUGUCCAUCGGCGUGCCAGCUCUGCUCAAGAACUAUGAUCUUCUUGACGAAAGGGUUGUGUUUGCGCAUGGCGGAAGUAUCCGGCCGCAAGAUGCAAAACUGUUACGAGAAGCAAACGCCUAUGUGUCUGUUACACCCAGCACAGAACAAUCCAUGGCCGUUGGCCCGUCGGUUUGCUUCCGCGAUGACUUGCCUGGAAUGGACAGGCUCUGCUCUCUCGGUAUUGACUGUCACUGCGCAACCAGCUCGAGCAUAGUUAACGAGAUGCGUGUGGGCCUGCAGUUUGCUCGCGGCCUAGAUAGCAAGCAGCACCUCAUGAAAGGCAAACUACCCGAUGACGUCUUCCACAAGGUCGAAGAGGUGUACAACAUGGGCACAAUCCAAGGCGCUAGAGCGUUGGGCAUGGAACAUGACAUUGGCAGUAUUGCAGUGGGCAAAAAAGCCGAUCUAACUGUUAUCAACGCCAUGAGUCCCGCCAUGUUUGGAGCCGCCCAGCAGGACCCGAUUGGCGCGAUCGUAUUUCACUCCGGCAUCGGAGAUAUCGACACUGUCAUUAUAGAUGGACGGGUACGGAAGCUCGACGGAAAGUUGCGCUGUGUGAAACAGUUUGAGUGGAAGGAUGGAGGGUUUGUCAAAGGGAGUAAGGAGUUGACGUGGCCCGAGGUCGCACAAAGGACUUUGAAGAUCCAGAAGCGGUUAGUGAAGAAGAUGUCAGGGUAUGAUACUCGAAAGGUAGGCGAUCAGGUUGCCAAGAUGAUCAAUGUCAAAUAG